AUGGCUGCUACUGACGUUCAGGUGGUUUCGCGGUCGCAUGAGAAAGGCUCCGAGUCGGUCCCUCGCAAAGCGACACUGGGCAACGUCCGCCUCCGAAAUCAAGAAAAUGAUGAGAUCAUCUUGAUUCCUACGCCGUCAUCCGAUCCAAAUGAUCCGUUGAACUGGUCUCAAUGGCGCAAAAAAUACAUCGCAAUUGUGCUGUGCGUAGCCAUGGCCAUGUGCAAUUUUUUGGCAGCAGGGCCCUCAAUUGCCAUUGUGCGCACAGCCAUAGACUUCUUUCCACAGACUGCACAGAGUGAAACCCUCAUGACUUACGCCAUUCCAAGAGUUGCCUACUUCUUCACCUCAACUUCGCUUCUCCAAGGCAUGGGCAAUCUCUUCUGGAUUCCCGCUGCCAACAAAUGGGGUCGCAGGCCCGUUUACAUUGCCAGCUACACAAUAUACUUUGCGACCGCUGUUUGGCUUAUAUUCGAGAAAUCGUAUUCUGGAUUUCUUGUCGGUCGCAUCCUCAUGGGCUUUGGCGCCGGUGCCGCAGAAACUCUUGCACCAGUCACCAUCACUGACAUCUUCUUCCUACAUGAGCGGGGAGCCAUCAUGUCCGCCUAUACCUGCUUCCUCUCCAUCGGCGUUGCCUUUGGUAUGAUCAUUUCGGGAGGGAUCACCGCUAACAAAGACUGGCGCACAAUCUACGAAGUGAGCUCUGCCUUGAUCGGCUUUGUCCUCCUUCUCCUGUUCUUUACACUACCUGAAACGGCAUAUAAGCGAAUGGAACAUAUCAAGCACAUCUCGUCAGGGUCUUCCGAAGCUCUGGGAAGCAAUGUGAGCCAAAACAGCGAUGCCGAGACUGGACAGCCCACUGCUCCCAAGCACACAUACCUGCAGUCGCUGAAAGUCUUUCGCCGCAAACCUUUGACCGACGAAAGCAUGCUGAAAAUGUUUGUCCGACCGUUUGCUCUGGUUAUUUUGCCAUCGGUACUUUGGGCCGCUCUAGUCCAGUCUGUGACUAUCGGCUUCCUUGUAGCCGUCACAUCGAAUGUUGAUCCUGCUUUUGAGCAAGCCUACCGCUUUCAGCCGUGGCAAGUCGGCUUGUGCUUUUUCGCCGCCAUCAUAGGAUCAUUGCUUGGACUUCCGGCGGGAGGCAAGCUGGGUGACUUGUGUGCCGACUACUUGACCAAGCGAAAUGGAGGUAUCCGGGAGCCGGAGAUGCGACUACCCACCAUCAUGAUCUCGGCCAUUACAGCUCCUCUAGCUCUCGUGCUCUAUGGAGUUGGCAUACAACAUCAUCUGCAUUUCAUCUGCCCAACUAUUGGCCUGGCUUUGUUGAACUUCUCCAUUACGCAGGCCACUACCGUAUGCCUCGUCUAUGUCAUUGACUCGUAUCGACCUGUCGCAGGCGAAAUUACGCUUGCCGUCAUGGGAUUCAAAUCCCUUUUUGGAUUCUUCCUCUCUUUCGAGACAAACCCUUGGAUCAACAAGUCUGGGUACCAAGAUGCAUACGGCGCCAUGGCUGGCAUCUCGGCAGCUGUCAUCAUCAUGUGGAUUCCCUUGUACCUUUGGGGCAAAGCGCUCCGAACCAAGACCUGGCAGUGGCGUAUCAUGUCGCUGGUGCACUGGGCGGACGAUCGCGAGGUUGGCGAAUGA